GUUAAGACAAACACAACCACUCAUCGUGCGAAUCUCUGCGAUUAAAGCUCUUUAAACAUUCUGCUUUUUGUUUUUAGUUUUAACAUUCAGGAUCUUCUAAAUGAACAGUCGGCCGUUCAAUUGUUGAUGAAUUUGCCACGGAUAUAAUGACAAUUCAGAAAGAAUAACCUCAAGCUGCAAUAGCAAAUAGAGUCAACAUGGUGAACAAGUUGGGAAAGAAAUAUAUGGCUGUGAAAUAUGGGUGAACAAGUUAAUGCAAAACUAUUGCGGGUGUUGGAAACCUGAAACAAAUGCAAAAAGCGCUGGAAAAAGACUCGGGGGACGAAAGCAGCUGUGGCGAGACCCCUGAAAUGCUGCCACCCCCACGGCCUGCUGAGGAGUUGGCAGCAUUUUUGUCCUGAGCAUCGACACCGACCACCACCACCGCGCAGGUUUCUAUUGGCCUCCUCAGACCCCCCUGGUUGGUUACCUCGAGCAACAAGACGCCGAGCGAGUGGACACAAAGGUAACAAAGAUUUCCAGCAUCUGCAGUAUUUUGCUUUUAGCACAAGUAUCUACGCUGACACUUUAGUGCUGUUCUGGGCACUGCUGCGCUGUCAAGGGUGCUGUCUUUCAGGUUAGGCAGAGCUGACUCCUACACAAUAAAGAGCAAGUUACAGAAUUUCUAAUGGAGACUAAUACAACCAUGGAGCAAACUGAGGAACAGAAACUGAAGGAACAAAGUCAAACACAGUGUUUGAUUAAGAUUGAUGAUUUCAUGUCAGUCGUUGGUGUGUUUCCCACAGCUUUGUCUGAGGAACAACUGGAAGCAGCCACAGAGAAAGCACGGAAACAUUUAUUUGGAUCCAGUGGAAUUUUUCACCUGGAUAACUUUGUUGAGAAAAAUUAUGUCUUUUCAGUCAUAAUAAACAAUCGGGCUAAAGAACAUUGUGAGAACGGAACGAAGCUACUUAACCUGGAGAAACUGGAGGAGGCUGUAAUCUCGUUUAGUAAAGCUAUUGCUCUGAAUCCUCAAAUGAAGGAGUUUUAUUUGAAAAGGGCUGAGGCAUAUCGCUGCAUCGGAGAUUUCCAAUCUUCUAUCGUCAACUACAGAAAGGCCAGCACUUUGGAUCCCUCAGAUGGUGACAUCCUGUCACAGAUAGCACAUACCUUGUACAUCCAAGGUCAAUGUCUAUUUGAAAUGAAAUUAUACAUGGAUGCUUUAUUGGUUUUUGUGCAAGCUUCAGAGAUGCAACCUGAAAAUCAACAUUACCAUAUGCGAAGUGUUGAGGUCCUGAUCACAUUGGGAAGACUUGAAGAUUCUCUCCAAUUGGUCAACAAUCAACUUGAGAAUGUGAAGUCCAAUCCCGAACUCUACAUCCUUCGGGCAAGACUGCAUGACUACUUUUCCCAAAUAGCUAAUUGUCAUAAAGAUGUCAGUUGUGCCCUGGCUUUGGAUCCAACCAAUCAGGAGGCAUUAUCACUAUUGGCUACUCUGGUGAAUAGAGCUGAAGAGGCAAAGGCUCGAGCGGUGAACAAAUCUCUCAUCGGCAACUUAAAGAGUGCAUUGGACAACAUCAAUGAGGCUAUAGACAAUAAUCCUAAUGAGGCAGAUUAUUAUGUCUUCAGGGGGACCCUGUAUAGAAGACUCAAGAACUUUGAUGCAGCUAUUGAUGACUACCUCUUCGUCUUGGACAUAAUAAGCAAUGCGGAGCGGAGUGACACCCGCUUGGAGACUCAGAGACAACUCCUUCUGACAUACAAUGACUUUGCAGUGCACUGCUACCACAAAGGGUUUAUCGAGGAGGCGAUUCUUCUCUUAAACCUGAGUAUUAAGGGAGAGAAGCAGCAAAAGGGAUUGUACAUUAACCGAGGGGAUUGUUUCCUCAAGCAGUGUAACCUGGACUUUGCGUUAUUAGACUACGAGCAAGCUCUUGAGCUGGACCUUGAGGACUGGCGUAUACGGAUCCGUGUCGCUGCAGUAAAUAACAAGAAAGGACUGAUGGAACAUCAGAACGGGAACUACCAGCAGGCUGAGAAGCAAUUUACCUCUGCCAUUGAGAGCAAUCCACAUGUGUCCCAGUACUACCUCCACAGGGCUAAGACACGAGCAAUUCUGCAGUAUGAGACUGGCUCCCAGGAAGAUGCAAUCAUGUCGCUGCUGUUGGAUGUAAGAAAUAAGGAGGUCAUUCCACUUCUAACACACCUCUUCCCUGGAAAAUCCAGAGAGGAGAUUUUGGCCAGUAAGGUUCUGGAAUCUGCAAGAGUAAAGUUAAACGCUCGCCUCCGUCCUCGUGCUUCUUGUGUCACGAAAAUGCUUCAAGAAAGACAGGCCCUUCCAAUGCAACCAAAGCAUCCGACCAGUGAGAUCGUUGACACAAAGGAAGAUGUGCAGAAGGCAGAACGUGAUUUUACACCUUGUAUAGAGGAUGCAGAUCUGUAUGAAGAAAUAGUAGAGAGAAAGAAAAUGCUAACUCAAGAAAUCAGAAAGUCUCUUCAUCAUAGGAAACCUCUGCUGGUUGAUAGACCAAAUAUUAGCAUGAUUUUAAAGACUUCAGACAACCCUUCCCAAAGCUCAGAAACUGCAUCACCCAACAAGCCAUGCAACUGGAAGAAGUUUAGCCCCCUUUUUACAAACAGUAAUUGAGUAAUGCAUGUUGCACUUCACUGCUUCUUCAGUCAGUCAGUCAAUUCAAUUAAUAAAACAGGAAUGUUAAUGUUUGCUGAUGAACCACAGAUUAAAUAGAUAU